AUGUCACCAAUGAGACGUUUUACUCUUUAUGCACGUGAAUAUCGUUUUGUACCCUACACACAACAUAUACCGGGACUUGAAAAUGAAGCUGCUGACUGUUUACCUCGUUUGAAGUUAGGAAAAUUUCGAACUUUAAAACCAGAUGCUAGCGCAUGUUCUCUUCCAAUACCAACACCACAAAACAUUUUCUUUCCGUACCAGACGUAA